GGGCCGCGGCGGGGGUGUCAGGGGAGGCCGAGGGGCUGGCGAGCGGGAGAGGCUCCUUUUCUGGCACGGCAGCCUGCCAGCCUCGGGAGCCUUCUGUGCCCUGGGGUGGUGCCCCGACUGUGAAAGUUUGUCUGCCCGUCUUGUUAAGAUCAGGCCCUUGCAGUUGCUGUUAAAUAGGCAGGAAGAGCUUAGAUCUGCACGUUUCUAAAGAGCAGGCCACAUAAGAGAAGAAAGCGAAAGGUCGUCACCAUGUUAACAGGAUUUUCUGUUCGAACACACGGUGUAUUAAGGAAAUUAAAACUAUAACUUUGUAAGAACAGAUGUGGUGGCACCACAGGGAAGCACCAAGCUUCUAGGCAUCAAGGCACCAUCUGAAUUUCCUAAAAUGUUGUCUUCUAGCUCUCUCCUAGUAUCUGCAAACAAAGGUGAGAGCAUAUCUAGCACUAACCUUGGGGAAGCUUCAGAACCUUCUGCUGAAGACAUGAGGAUGUUCAUGGCAAGAAAAACUGUGGUUGCAUUUCCUCAGCGAGCAGUUGUUUCCUCCCUGGAGGAGGAAAACCUCACUAUACCUGCAAAAGAAGGAGGCCUAAGGAAGGAGUUAGUUGAAGAAGAAACUUCAUCUUCAUCCAGUUCAGAUUCAGACUCUAGCUCAGAUUCUGAGGAAGAAAAUGAUUCAGAAGUUGCCAUUAAAACCAAAGUUGAGUUUCCUAGACAAGAUUCCAUCUUUUCUGAGAACAUAGCGGUAAAGGCAUCAAUGCUAGCAAAAGAGAACUUGUCCCAGAAAUCCCACAAAGAAUAUGUAGCCAAGAAGAAGCCAUACAAGCCAGAAACUGACGUGUCUCCUGUCAAGCAGGUUGCCUUUUCUAAAACAUCUGUCAGCCGUGAAACACCAAAAUCCAAAGCAAAAGACCCCAAAGUAAAAUCAACUCUGAAAGAAGCAGAUCGGCAGAAGCUGGUCUUUGAACCACCCAUGGCUGAAAGCCAAAACCUGACUGAUGUCACUCAUAAAUCUGAUUAUUUGGAGGAAAAGUCUAUUAAAACCCAAGUAGCUGCUAUUCAGCUGAAGGCUUCAUCAGUGAGUCAGGAAGACAAAAAGCAAAAGCCAGUUUCCAAAAAAGGAAAAGAAAAAAAGAUGAAGGAGGCACAGGAGUCAGAAGCAGAAGUAACUGCUCCUAAACUGGAAGAGACUUCUGAAAGCACAAUGUUGGUGAUGGGCACUACAGCAAAGGAAGAGACCAUUCUGGAAGCAGGACUCCAGGCUGGAGAAAGAAGCACAAUAGAGGAGCCCACAGCAGCUGCUGAGCCUGCUCCAGAAGAAUUUGAUAAUUCUACCUACAAGAAUCUUCAGCAUCAUAAUUAUAACAUUUAUACCUUCUUUGAUUCUAUUGAGGUUCUCGCAAAAUUCAGGCAGCCUCAGCCAUCUUCUGGAAGACCAUCACCAAGGCACUGAAAGAACCACAUUUAAAACAAAUGCCCAGGCAGAAUGAUAAAUAGUUCUAUUUAGCACUAUUGCUUCAUCUGUAUUAUAAAUCAGAUAAUAAAUAAGACAUAAGUGCAUAAUAACUUGUGCUUUUGGACAGUUCUUUUUGGUUCUCGGAGUCCCUUAUUUCUUGAAUUUCAUGAAUGAGCUCCAAAUGAAUAAUCAGUGAAUAAAAUUAGUUUUUCUGCCUCUC